AUGCCCAUCUCUCAAAAUCUGGGUCUUUCUCUCUCUCUCUCUCUUCUUUAUGUCUCCUCCUAUAUAUAUAUAGAGUUGCACCUCUCCUUCUUCAGUGGCAUUUGGCAUUUACUUAAGCUGAAACCGAACUCUCCCCGGAUAACAACCGUUUCCGGAGAGAGGAAGGCAAGAUCUUAGAGAUCUUAGCCAUGCAAUCCUUUAGAGGCUACGGCCAGGUAACAGGAGAGCAGGGUCGAGAUGGCCAAAAAAAGAAGAGGCUCGCCAUCAUUGGGGUCUCCUCUAUAAUCCUUGUGGCCAUGGUCGUGGCCGUUGCAGUCGGCGUAUCACACCACAGUGGUUCAGGCUCUAGUGAAUCAGGCUCGGAUAACCACGUUCAAGACUCAAUGAAGGCCAUCAAAACCAUUUGCCAACCCACUGAUUAUAAGGAGGCCUGUGUGUCUAGCCUGACUAGUGUGGCUGGGUCCAAUACAACUGACCCAAAAGAGCUGGUUAAGCUCUCUUUUGAGGUUGCUUUGGAAAAGGUUAAGAAGGUGGCGGGGCAAUCAGCUCUGCUCAAGGAAGUGGAGAAGGAUCCUGGUACAAGACAGGCGCUUAGCAUUUGUGAUGAGAUUAUGGACUAUGCCAUUGAUGAAUUGAAGAACUCAAUUGAUCAGGUUGGUGGGUUUGAUUUGAGCAAUAUGGAGGAGAUCAUUGAGAACAUCAGGAGCUGGCUCAGCGCUGCCAUCACCUAUCAGGAGACGUGCGUGGACGCGUUCGAGAACACAACAAGCAAGGCCGGGGAGCAGAUGAAGAAGGUCAUGAAGACUGCCACAAAGCUCACCAGCAACACCCUAGCCAUUGUCACUGAGCUCUCUGAUGUGUUUGCCUCCUUCAAGAUCCCCAACUUUAACAGGCGCCUCUUGUCAACAUCAAAUGAAGGCUUCCCAGAGUGGGUUUCUCAGAGCAAGAGGAGGCUCUUCACGGAAGAUACUCCGGCAGAAUCGAUUCCCGAUGUGGUGGUGGCUCAAGAUGGCUCAGGCAAUUGCACAACUGUGAACGAAGCUCUGGCUCUUGUGCCUGCAUAUGGUAUUAAGCCCUUUGUUAUCUAUGUGAAGGAAGGGAUCUACAAGGAAAAUGUGAACAUUGAGAAGAACAUGACCAAUGUGUUCAUGAUCGGUGACGGACCGACCAAGUCCGUGAUCACUGCCGGCCUCAACUUUGUCGAUGGCGUCAAGACCUUCAACACCGCAACAGUUGGUGUGGUUGGGAAUGGGUUUGUCGCGAAGAACAUGGGCUUCGAAAACUCGGCCGGCGCGGAGAAGCACCAGGCAGUCGCCCUGCGUGUUGAGUCGGACUUCUCCAUCUUCUACAACUGCCAGAUGGAUGGAUACCAGGACACCCUUUAUGCUCACACCCACCGCCAGUUCUACCGUGAGUGCACCAUCUCUGGUACCAUCGACUUCAUCUUCGGCAACUCUGCAGUGGUGUUCCAGAACUGCCAGAUCGUGGUGCGCAAACCCCUGGACAACCAACAGAACACCAUCACUGCUCAGGGCCGCACCGACCGCCGCUCACCCACUGCCCUAAUCCUGCACAACUGCUCAAUCGUGGCAGACCCUGAAUACUAUCCCCUGCGCAAUACGCUCCCUACUUACUUGGGGAGGCCAUGGAAGGAGUAUUCUCGAGCUUUCAUCCUCCAAUCCGAGAUAGAUGACUUGGUACAGCCUGCAGGAUGGCUCCCCUGGGCGGGUGAUUUCGCGCUGAACACUCUGUUUUACUCAGAGUACGAUAACAGGGGUCCUGGAGCAGCAACCGCUGAACGAGUGAAAUGGCGUGGAUUGAAGAGCAUCACUGCUGAACAUGCCGAAAAGUUUACCGUCGCUCGAUUCCUCGGUGGAACCGAGUGGAUCAAGAACGCGAGUGUGCCCUUCAUCCCCGGCCUCAUUCCCCAAGUUUCCACUGAUACUGUCUUUGGGAAGGUGUAAGGCCUUCGUUCCCUUCUUGUAAUAGCUUUGUAGGGUUCAUGGAGGUAAAUUAUUUUUUUAUUUUUUUAUUUUUUUAUUUUUUAUUUUUAAGAAUGCUUGUAGAGUGGAGAGCUGAGAAUUGAGCAACAAUGAGGACAGCUAUUUCUUCCAUCAUAUGCUCGGCAUCUUCUGCUAAGGGGAUAGAAUAAAAUGUACCGUCUUGCUAUACUGGUUA